AUGUUCUGUUUUUGUUUGAGAGUGCAUAGUGAGUGUUGUUGAUGGCAUGCUUAGAAAUGUACAACAAAAAUAAGUCAUCUACUGACCCAAACCACAACAAAUUUUACUCAAUGAGUCCUAGAAUCUCCUUCUCAAAUGACUUCAUUGAUUCUUCAACUGAUUCUUCUCAACACAAUGAGAGGAGGGAUUCCCAUUUCCCUGUUUCCUCUGACUUUGAAUUCUCCGUCACUAAUUAUACCAUGCUUACUGCUGAUCAACUCUUCUCUAAAGGCAGAUUGUUGCCUUUUAAACACACCCACAAAACUACUACUAUCAGAGAUGAACUUCAAAAUGACGAUGCUUUUACCUUGACCAUACCCAAAACUUCUACUACAUGGAAAGGUUUAUUAGGAAUCAAAAAAUCUAAGAAAAAACAUGAGAAAACGCCUCAUUCUACCAAGCAAGGGUACAAUGAGUCUGGUAAUGGAACAGAUAUGGACUUCCGUUUUAAUUGAAAUUGAAACUACAAGGUAUUUUGCGGGGAUGGCUUUUAUGCUUUUUCAGUUUUUCAAGUUUGGGAGAAUGGAAGAUUCUGAUUUGUUUUGCUGUACAACUUCAAUUCUUAUCAUUUUCUACUAGUAGUAGUACUAUCUUUUAGAGCAAUUGUGUUCCUUUUCUAUCAUCAAUUGUUAAAUUUGGGAGAUUUUGGCUUUACUUUUGAUGAAGCAUUGUUGGAAUAUAUCUCUAGGUUGUAUAAUUUUGAGUUCACAGAUGAAAUGACAGCUACAAGGGGCAUUUCGGCUAAAAA